AUGCGCAGUGAUAUCGAGGAGCUUGCACAGGCUUGGCAAAAGGAGAAGCAGGCGACCCCAUCGUCGUCAGCAUCGCAGCAAGACGACAAAUGUGCUCGUGGGGAUGGUGACCGCGCUGAUGAUGGCGGUGGGGGUGAGAUGAGCGACACGGCACCCGCAGCAGACAACACCACCGCCACGAACGCCACCAACGGCAACGACACCACCAACGCCGACGACAACAACAGCAGCAACAACAACAACAACAACAGCAGCAGCAGCAGCAGUACCUCCGCCACCAACGCCGGUGAGGCCGUCUCCAAGGCGAAGGGCGGUCGCAACAUGCGAGUCACUGUCGACCCAAACACUGGCAAGGCGAUUGCUGUGGAAGCGCACCCCAUCCGUGAUGAUAAUGGCGAUGGUGCCGACAGUCAUGGCGGUGAUGAUGAUGGUGACAGUGAUCGCCAUGGUGAUGGCAGCAUGAAGUUGUCGCCUGACCUUGGCGGCGACGAUGGCAACGACAGUGGUGGUGGGGCUGACAGUGGUGAUGAUGAACCAGGGCAGGCACGGAAGCGAGCCAAGAUCUCUGCAACACCAGCAGCCACCGGUGAUGAUGGUGGUGAGGAUGAGGAGGAUGAGGAGGAUGGUGACGCGUUGGCAAGCUCAGGCACAGGCACAGUCACUGUUGGCCACGGCGUGGACGUGAGCCAGGAUGUUGAUGCUGACUCUGACAGUGGCGACGGCGAUGAGGAUGGUGCUGCUGGGGAAAGGCGGCGCAGGGCAGCGCAUGCCAAAGAAGCACCAAAGGAGAUGCAAGAAGGCGAUGAUGUCACGGAAGAACAUGAAGAGGAGGAGGAGGAGGAGGAUGGAUUGGCACCUCGACCCUCUACCAACUCCUCUGGUAUCCCUCGCUCGCAGCGCAUCAAUACCCGCCAUCACAAUACUGCUUCGACCAACGCAACCACAGCCAAUACCAGCGUGGAUGAUGGUGGCUUCACUGCAUCCACGCACCGUGACGAGGACGUGUGGGUGUCGAGUGAUGGCGACAAUGGCAACAGCAACCGUGAGGAUGUUCGUGGUGCGGUGCAUGCUGAGCAGCAGGACGAGCCCGGAUCACCGUCGUUUGAUGGCGUGGUGCGGGACACCCAGCGUCUCCGUUGCCGCCGCGUUCGCACCACCUCCACCCCCACCUCACCGGCCACACACAAGGGAAACAGCAUCAACAGCAGCGGUGGCGGUGGUGAUGUUGAGGAGACCGGUGACAGCGCUUCCGUUCCCGUCAUUGUUGACGAAGGCGAUACUAACGGUGAUGGAAGCAGCAGCGACAGCGGCAGCGGCAGCAGCAGCAGCAACGCCCGUGGUGGUCGUGCUGCCUCUGUUCACCACCCUUCCCGCGUGCGACGCAUCACUGCAACGUCACGCCCAGCGGACACUGCAUUGACAUGCAGCAACAGGCAGGGCCAAGGGGCGCACAGCAGCGCUUGCACCUGCGACAGCGACGACAACGCUCACGGCAGUGUGACUGGUGGUGAUGGAGAUGAAGGUGGUGACAGCAGCAGCGAGGAUGAGGGCGCAUCGACCACGGAGAUUGGGGUUGAUGUGGAGACAACUGGCACACGCAAGCGCCAAACACGCAAGCGCCAAACACGCAAUACCCACAGCACGCGCAGUGCACGCAGCACACGGUACCGGCACCGGGAACUGCAGGAAGAGGAAGAAGAACAGGAAGAGGCGGGGCGGAAACAGCGCACGCACGCACGACGCCGCCGAAGCAGGUGCUCGGGUGAUGAUGAUGGUGAUGAUGACAACGAUGGUGAUGACAAUGACAGCAAUGUUGGUGCUGAGGAGGGCGGCACUGGUGUGGCGACCUCGAGGAAAAGGGCGCUGGUGAGCCGCGCGCUGAAGAAGAAGCGAAAGGCCGCAGCUCAGAACGCCGGUGAUGAUGAAGGUGAUGAUGAUACCAACGGCGGUGGCGGUGGCGGUGGCAAUGAUGAUGACGAUGAUGAUGAUCCACUUGUGGUCGUUGAGGAUGAUGGGGAGAAGUCAGCCGGGAAAGGCACCCGCGCCUCGGUGAUGACAGUGGACGAGGAGCUUGGAGAGUUGACAGCUGGGAUGGCGCCGCAGCCAUCACCCCUCGCACCCGGUCAACCAUCGUCGUCGUCGUCGUCGUCGUCGUCGUCACUGGCGCAACAUCAGUUCCGCUCGCAGGGGAUGCUGAAAGUGCAGCCGCAGCAGCAGAAGACAGGGCGCCGCAGGAAGAUCACGGCGCGCAAGUCUGGUCCAAACUCAACGUCGCCGCGCAGCAUUCGCGGUCGUGGCGGCCAUAUCGGGUGAUGCUGAUAACGUGGAUGUACGUGUGUGUGCAUGUGUGCAUGUGUGUAUGUGUGCUUUGCUUUCGUGAGUGAGUUCUUCUGUUUGUGUGUGCGUGUGCGUGUGCGUGUGUGUGUGUGUGUUGUGUGUGCUGGGAGGCCGUGUGUGUGUUUAUGCCACUCUGCGCACGUGUUGCUGUUUUCCUUCAUGUGAAUUGUCACUUUCACAGGGUAUGUAUGUAUUGGUCCUGCGUUACUCGAUGACGUUGUGAUGUGACAUUGUUAUCCCCGGUCCUAUUUGGACAUGUUAACAAAACAACCACCACGACCCUGUGUUUGUUCACAUUGCAUUACAUAAUUGACUGCUUG